GACCCUGUGACUCCUGGUUGUCACGGAGCAAGAGGAAGGGUCAUGGCUGCUGCGGGUAUGUCCGGGGAGAGCCAACUCCAGAGGAUUAUCAGAGAUCUACAUGAGGCGGUUGCAGAGCUUUCAAAGGAGUACAAGGAAAGUGGCGAGCCAGUCACAGAUGACAGCACAAAUUUGCACAAAUUCUCCUACAAACUGGAGUAUCUGCUUCAGUUUGACCAGAAGGAGAAAACAACAUUUUUAGGUACCAGGAAGGACUACUGGGAUUAUUUCAGUGACUGUCUGGCUAAGAUCAAGGGAGCCAACGAUGGAAUCCGUUUUGUCAAAUCCAUUGCUGAGCUGAAGACAUCUCUGGGGAAGGGACGAGCGUUUAUCCGGUACUCCCUCGUUCAUCAACGGUUGGCGGACACGCUGCAGCAGUGCCUGAUGAACCACAGAGUCACCAGUGACUGGUACUAUGCAAGAAGUCCUUUGUUGAAACCCCACCUUGGUGCUGACAUAAUCGAUCACCUGUAUGAGCUGAACGAGGUCCAGUUCGAUGUGGCUUCCAGAGGUCAUGAUCUUGAUGCUUCCUGGCCAACUUUUGCAAGGAGGACUCUGGGAAAUGUAAACUCACCUGGUCACAUGUGGAAACCACCCAGUCGUAGUUCCAGUAUUAACAGUCUGGCUAGUACAUACUCCCAGCAAGCACCUGAGUUCCCCUCCAGCCCUGACUAUGGGCACAGUUCAUUAAAUGAUCCAAAUGAGUCUCUGCCUGUCUGCAUGGAGGAUAUCAGCGCAAUCGAAGACCUUCGUCUGGAGCUGGAUCAGUCCGAGCUGAAGCAGCAAGAUCUCUUUGGUAAGGUUCAGCUGCUAAGUGAGGACAAUGCUGCACUCACAGCAAUAAAUGAGAAGCUCCAGAGUCAGCUUGAAGGGUCACUUGCUGCCCAGGAGAGGCUCCAGUCCUCUCAGGAGAUACUCAAGGGAAGAGAGGAAGCUCUGUCUAGAGAGGUGGAAGCUCACAGGACUGAGAUAAAAGCCAAGGAGGGUCAGCAUGCCUUACUUCAGGAAAAGCUGGAAGCUGCUGAGCAAAAGAACUUGGAGCUCAUAGCAAAGUUAGAUGGGUUUCUGAAUGAGAAGGGCCAGCAGGCAGCCAGUUACUUUGAUUCAGCACAGAAGAUUCACGAGCUGCUGGACAAAUUGAAAGAGGCAGAAAAGGGAAAGAUGGAGGCUGUAGUUGAAACGGCAGAAUUGAAGAGGCGAGCCGAAAAGCUAGAAGAAGAGCUAAAGGUGAAGGAGGCUGCGUCGAAGGAUCAAAAAGCAAAACUUACAUCUGUGUCAGAGGAGAAGGCCAAGUUGGAGGCGAGAGCAGCAGACCAGUCCACUACACUCGAAAAGCUUCAGGGUGACCUGACUUUGAGAGAAAAAGAGGCAAGCAACCUACAAAAGCAGCUGCAGAACCUCCAAAGAUCUCUAGAGGGUAAAGAUGAAGAAUUGGACACGGUGAAGAAGCGAGCGCAGCAAGAUUUAGAUGAACAACAGGCCAGUUCUGAUGGCUUCAAAGAGUCUUUAGAGGUGAAAGUUGCUGCAGUUACAGACGAGCUAAAGAGAAAAGAGGCAGAGCUGUGCUCCAGCUGUGAGACACUACAGAAACUAGAAGCCAAGAACCAAAGUCUGACCACACAGAGAGAUGAACUGACCACUAGCCUUGCUGAGCGUGACGAGAAGAUCAAAGAACAGGCGGAAAAAAUAGAAGAGUACGAGACGCAGCGUGCCAAUCUACUGGAAUCAAACAAGAAGCUGCUGAGCACAGUGACUAAAAAAGAGGAGCUGCACAAUGAACUGACAGAGACCAGAGCAGCGCUUGAGGCUGAACUGGUUUCUCUGAGGGUUUCUGAGAAACAACUUAGAGGUCAGAUGGACAACUCCAAGAUCUCAGUGGAUGAGAAGGAGAAGGCGCUUCGUGAGGAGAACUGCAGGCUGGACGAGAGUCUGCAGCGAGCCACAAUGGCUGCAAAGAUGUCCGAGACAGCGUUAAAGCGUCUGGAGCAGGAGAAUCGGAGUCUGCAAGACGAGCAGGACAAAUUAAAUUCAACCGUUAGUCGUGUGCAAGCAGAUCUGAAGAAUGUUCACCAAAAGAACGAGGAACUGCAGAGCAACAUAAAGGCUUUAGACAAGAAAGAAGUCGCUCUUCAAAAAGAGCUUGACGCUAAAAAUGAACGGUUAGAGGGUAAAGAGGAGGAUCUUGUCAGGUUGCUGUCCACGGUCAAAGAUCUAGAGGCUAAGAACAAGGAGCUUGAGAUCGUCAAAGCUACUGCAGAAGCAACUUGUGCGAGGCAGACAGAGGUGAUAGAAAGAGUCACAGCUGAGAAACAGGCAGUGGAGAGUUCACAACUACAGAAGAGGGCAGCUCACGUCAAGGAGAACCAGGAGGUCACUGCCAAACUUACUAUGGUUGAAAGCCAGUUGGAGGUUCACGUGAAGGAGGUGUCCAGACUUCAGGCAGAGCUCCUGGACCUAAAGGUGCAGGUGCAGAGAUCAGAGGAGGAAAAGCACAAAUCUCAAGCCCUGCUGGUGGUCACAGAGGCCCAAAGAGAUGAGCUGCGGUCUCUUACGGAGAAGCUGAAAUCCCAAACGGAGGCGCUGAAUCAGACGCACGUAGCAGAGCUCAUGGAGUGUAAAAAAAAAGAAGAGGCCUUUGUUGAACAGCGUGAUCGAGAAGUAGCAGCCCGUUCAGAGCUGGCCGUUUCUCUGACUGCCAUCCAAGAAGAGCUGCUUAAAGUCAAAGCAGAAAAUAACAGACUGGCUUUAGAGAACAAUGAGAUCCGCGAGAGUCUGCACAGAGCCAACACUGAGAUGGCAGAGCUGGGGAUGACCGUGUGCAAGCUGAAUGCAGAAAAGGAAGAGGCCAGCGAGCACUGGGCAGGUAGAGCUUCUGAGAUAGAAGAGCUGAGGAACAACGUGGAGCAACUGGAGGAGUGCAAGGAGAAACUGCAGCUGGAGAAUCACCGUCUACAAGAGGAGCUAAGACAAAACGAGUCCCUCGCAGAGACGAACACGGAGCUCCAGGAACAGCUGGAAAAGACCAAGAAGCAGAUGCAAAGUGUCAAGGACUCCUGCCGAGAGGAGAUAGAUGCUGUCAAGUUCCAAAUCAGCUCGGAGACCAUGAAUCAUCAGGUCAGCCUGAAGAGUUUGAAUGAACAGCUUAAGAAGUGUAAAGUUCAGGCGCAGGAGGAUCAGAUGAACGUAUCCAGCCUGCAGGCCAGAGUAUCUGAACUAGAGGCUGAGAACGAGGAGUAUUUACAGCUCGUUGGUGAGAAAGACGCUCGCAUCACGACGGCCGAAGACACAAUUCGUGAGAACGAAAGCGAAAUACAGCAACUGAGGAACACGGCCACCAGUGCUGAGGAGGAACGCUCGGCUGUGCAGAGACUGUGUGAGGAACUGAAGCAGAAACUGGCGGCAACAGAAGCUGAAAAGCAACGCGAGUAUCUGAAGAUGGCUGCAGAGGUUGAUGACCUGAACAGAACCAAGAGCAAUCUUGAGGAGCGGCUCAUCGAGCUGAUAAGGGACAAAGAUGCUCUGUGGCAGAAGUCUGAUGCUCUGGAGUUUGAGCAGAAAUUACGAGCUGAGGAGCGCUGGUGGUUGGUGGAUAAGGAGGCCAUUCACUGCCUCGACUGCCAGGGACAGUUCACCUGGUUUCUGCGCAGACAUCACUGCAGAAUUUGUGGCCGCAUCUUCUGCUACAACUGCAGCAACAACUUUGUUAUGACUAAGCACAGUGGGAAGAAGGAGCGCUGCUGCAGGGACUGCUACACGCAGCACAGUACAGUGGUGAAGAGGUUCACACAGGCAGAGCUGAGUGCUUCAGAAGUGUUGUCCCCUCCGCCUGAAGCUGCACAUCCUCAACCUCCUCCUGAGCCCGCUCCCUAUAAUCCCACUCCCAGAGUAGCAGACCCCAACAACAAAUCUGAUGAUGGAGGCUAUGACAUCAUCACAGAGGAAGAGGUGAAUGGCACUUAUGACAGUGAUACCAACUCUCAGACCACAGGAGGCUCUCUGGAUGGAGAACAAGAUCAACAACAUCAAGGAACAAAUGAAAUAGGGACAGGAGAUGUGACCCCUGAUGAAGAGCACAUGCCAACGUUUCAGGAUUCAGAGAUUAACCUUCUUAAAUCAGGAGAAGUCACGAUGGCUGUCUCUCUCAGCACCGAUGAUAUUUCUCAGUUUGGUGAUGGUACCAAAGAGCUGUUCAUCAGGUCCAGUUGUUACAGUGUCAUUACUGUUACUGUGGCCGACUGUGGGCCAACUAUCAGCUGGAUGUUUUCCUCCGACCCCAGGAGUAUCUCUUUUAGCGUGGUUUACCAGGAAUCCAGUGACAUUCAGCUGGAACAGUCAAAGGUGCUGAUUCCUCUGACUCGCUGCAAUUCUCAUAAAGAGACCAUUCAGGGACAGCUGAAAGUGAGGCACCCCGGCCUCUACAUGCUCAUUUUUGACAACUCUUUUUCACGCUUCAUCUCAAAGAAAGUCUUUUACCAUCUGACCAUGGAGAAGCCUGUAAUCUACGAUGGAAGUGAUGGUCCUUGAACCUACCACAAGCUGUGGAUCUGAAUAAAGCUAAAGGGAAACUGAUAAGAUGACAAUUCAGUGACAUAUUUGCAAAUCAAGUAUUAAAAAUAUGAUGGGUGUUGAUGUUACUUUAUUCAGUGAUGUUAGUUUUGUUUUUGAAGUAUUUUGUUUUAAAGGUGGCCUAAGUAAAUCGUAAAAUAAACC